GGCCGUGGUUGGGUGGUAAGAUGGCGGCUGUGAGUCUGCGGCUCGGCGAUUUGGUGUGGGGGAAACUCGGCCGGUAUCCUCCUUGGCCAGGAAAGAUUGUUAAUCCACCCAAGGACUUGAAGAAACCGCGUGGAAAGAAAUGCUUUUUUGUGAAGUUUUUUGGAACAGAAGAUCAUGCCUGGAUCAAAGUGGAACAGUUAAAGCCAUAUCAUGCGCAUAAGGAGGAAAUGAUAAAGAUUAACAAGGGAAAACGAUUCCAGCAAGCUGUGGAUGCCGUCGAAGAGUUCCUCAGGAGAGCCAAAGGGAAAGACCAGACAUCAUCCCACAAUUCUGCUGAUGACAAGAAUCGGCGUAAUUCCAGUGAGGACAGAAGUAGGCCAAACUCAGGUGAUGAGAAGCGCAAGCUUAGCCUGUCUGAAGGGAAGGUGAAGAAGAACAUGGGAGAAGGAAAGAAGAGGGUGUCUUCAGGCUCUUCAGAGAGAGGCUCCAAGUCCCCUCUAAAAAGAGCCCAAGAGCAGAGUCCCCGGAAACGGGGUCGGCCCCCGAAGGAUGAGAAGGAUCUCACCAUCCCCGAGUCUAGUACUGUGAAGGGGAUGAUGCCCGGACCCAUGGCCGCAUUUAAAUGGCAGCCAACUGUGAGCGAGCCUGUUAAAGAUGCAGACCCUCAUUUCCAUCACUUCCUGCUCAGCCAAACGGAGAAACCAGCUGUCUGUUACCAGGCAAUCACAAAGAAGUUGAAAAUAUGUGAGGAGGAGACCGGCUCCACCUCCAUCCAGGCCGCAGACAGCACGGCCGUGAAUGGCAGCAUCACACCCACAGACAAAAAGAUAGGAUUUUUGGGCCUUGGCCUCAUGGGAAGUGGCAUCGUCUCCAACUUGCUAAAAAUGGGUCACACGGUGACUGUCUGGAACCGGACUGCAGAGAAAUGUGAUUUGUUCAUCCAGGAGGGGGCCCGCCUAGGAAGAACCCCCGCUGAAGUUGUUUCAACUUGUGACAUCACCUUUGCCUGUGUGUCGGAUCCAAAGGCAGCCAAGGACCUGGUGCUGGGCCCCAGUGGUGUGCUGCAGGGGAUCCGCCCCGGGAAGUGCUACGUGGACAUGUCAACAGUGGAUGCUGAUACAGUCACCGAGCUAGCCCAGGUGAUUGUCUCCAGGGGGGGCCGCUUUCUGGAAGCCCCCGUCUCAGGGAAUCAGCAGCUGUCUAAUGAUGGGAUGUUGGUGAUCUUAGCAGCCGGAGACAGGGGCUUAUAUGAGGACUGCAGCAGCUGCUUCCAGGCAAUGGGGAAGACCUCCUUCUUUCUAGGUGAGGUUGGCAACGCAGCCAAGAUGAUGCUGAUCGUGAACAUGGUCCAGGGGAGCUUCAUGGCCACCAUCGCUGAGGGGCUAACCCUGGCCCAAGUGACAGGCCAGUCCCAGCAGACACUCUUGGACAUUCUCAAUCAGGGACAGUUGGCCAGCAUCUUUCUGGACCAGAAGUGCCAAAAUAUCCUGCAAGGAAACUUUAAGCCCGAUUUCUACCUGAAAUACAUUCAGAAGGAUCUCCGCUUAGCCAUUGCACUGGGUGAUGCCGUCAACCAUCCGACUCCUAUGGCAGCUGCAGCCAAUGAGGUGUACAAAAGAGCCAAGGCUCUGGACCAGUCUGACAACGACAUGUCUGCCGUGUACCGAGCCUAUAUACACUAAGGCCUCGACACCCCACCCUUGCCCCCAAUCUCCCCUCUGACCCCCUCUUCCUCACAUGGGGUUGGGGUCCUGGGACUUCACUCUGGACCAGUCCUCCUGUCUCCAUCUCCUUUUAUACAGACUUUGAGACUUGCCAUCAGCACAGCACACAGCAUCACUCUUCCCCUGGAGGUCCUGGGGAGAGGAGGGUGUCAGCAGGAUUGGCCUGUGGGAAAGCUCUUGAGCUGGGCACUGGCCCCCGGACUAGGUGGCUGUGUGUUCACAAACACACACACACCCCUACACCCACACCCACACACACCACACUGGCUCUCGCCCCAGGAUAGAAGCUGCCCAGAAACUGCUGCCUGGCUUUUUUUUUCCCCUUCUUCUGAGCUUAUUUUAUCUCAGACCCCUUCCAGUCGAGGAACUAGUCAGCAGUGAGAAUUGGAAGCCUUCCCACUGCUUCCCUCACAAGCGAAGAGGCUGCGGUCAAGUCCAUGUCCCCCACUGGAUCCCUCGCAGAGCACCUCUGGGCCCGAGGAGCCAGCACAGACUCUAAACAGAGGGUCCCUUGGGCCCGCCAACCUCAGGUGACCAGCUGAUGAGGAUUGUCAGGUUUAAGCUACCAACAUGCAACCAACUCUCCAUAAAUGCCUUUGUGAACUGAAAAGAGAUUGGCAGAGUCAAGGAAGACAGGGCUCUGGCUUUCCCGGGAGAGCAGCACACAGCCAGCCCGUAGGUGAGCCUCACAGAAGCCCGCUUUUCCUCGCUGCUCUUCAGCACCCGUCCCAGAAGUCACUCACUGCGGAACCCUGGGCUGUGAUCCGACUUCCGUGCUCGGUGUAGGGGGAGCUCACUCCUUAUAGGCUGUUUCAGUAUUUGGAUUUGCAUUCCAGCCCUUGGGAAGGGGGUCCUGAGGGCCACCAGUGAGGAGUGAAGAGGGAGGGGGAGUGGGGUUCCUUCUUGUUUCCGUUAUGCCACAGACUCUUCACUUGGUUCUGAAGAGCCACUCUGACCUGGGUCCCCUCGCAGCUGUCCCAGCUUCUCCAGCCUGCCCCUGCACACGUCCCCUGCAUGCCCACCUCUCUCCAUUCUCCUCCCUCCCCCCUUUUCUUCCCAUGGAGACAGUAUUUCUUCCUGUGUGUCUGUCCCUUCUUUGGCCCAGACCCAGCCUGACCAACGAUGACCAUUUCUUAGGCUCAGCUCUUGAAACAGGAACGAGUGUCUUCACGUCAGCCAGCAGCAUGGUCUUCGGUGCUUCCAGGGCCCCAGGGUCUGUCGGGAGGGAAGAGGAGAACUGGGCCUGACCGAGCCUGAACUAACUGACCCUCAGAGGUGGAUCUAAGGCAUCCUCGAGGCCCUAACAUUUCUCCUUGGGUAGGGGACCAGAGGGGCUUGGAAUGUGGCAUGAGAACAAGGAGAAGUCACCUAAAGGAUGUCGGUGCUCUCCCUCUGCAUGGGCUGGAUUUUCCAAAGUCACACGUUGCAGAAGGUCAGCAUUUAUAGUGAAUAUAUAAUGAUAGAUGUGUAGUGAGGUGGCCACGCUGGUGUGGGCCCCUCUUCCCUCACUGAUCAGAACCCAGGUUAGGGGAUCUCAGAAGUGGGGGCAGGAGAGGGAAGAUGCCUGUGGGGUUUUUGGCACAAUUGUUAAUUUCACUGGGAUUUUGAAUUCUUUUCUGUCUAAACACAAAGCCUGUUCUAGUCCUAGCCAGACACUGGGGGGUGGGGGAGGGGGAAGAUGCUGUAAUGAAACUGGUUAGUCAAUGUCUUAAUAUUGUUGACAAUUCUGUAAAGUUUCUUUUUAUGAAUAUUUCUGUUUAAGCUAUUUCACCUUUGUUUUGAAAUCCUUCCCUUUUAAGGAGAAAAUGUGACACUUGUGAAAAAGCUUGUAAGAAAGCCCCUCCUCUGCCACCCUUUUUUUCCUUUAAACCUCCUUUCAAUGACAAAUCUUCUAGGUAAUUAAGGUUGUGAAUUUUUAUUUUUGCUUUGUUUUUAAUGAACAUUUGUCUUUCAGAAUAGGAUUGUGUGAUAAUGUUUAAAUGGCAAAAACAAAACAUGAUUUUGUGCAAUUAACAAAAAGCUACUGCAAGCGAAAUAAAACGUUUCUUGGUAACACAA